AUUCCAUUCAGUUCUUCAACUCCCUCUCUAGCUACGCAAACAUGAACAUGCUGAAACGUUAUUUCCUCCUCCUUAACCUAGUGUCAACGGCCCUUCUUCUCUCAACCAUCCACGGCCAACCGUUGACACCAGAAGCAGUCCUACUCGACGAACAAGAAGCAGUUGGCAGCGUGGAAGAACAUGUCGACGUGACUAGCCGCUUUCUUCUUGCUCAGAAGGUCGCCUCCGCAGCGUCGUCGUUGACGGGGCGGCGUAAGACGUGCGACAAGUUCCCUGCCAUAUGCAGCGCGAGGGGCAGCCCGGGGCCGCAUUGUUGUAAGAAGAAGUGCGUGGAUGUGAUGAGGGAUCCAGUCAACUGCGGCAAGUGUGGGAGGAAGUGCAAGUACAGCGAGAUCUGCUGCCGUGGAAGAUGCGUCAACCCUUCUUUCGACAGGUCGCACUGCGGCGGAUGCGGCAACAAGUGUUCUGCUGCGGGUGGUGGCAACGGGAAGCGGGGGUUCUGUGCUUUUGGGCUCUGCAACUACGCCUAGGACAAACCCUUUGAAAUGAUGGAGUACUGAGACGAUAUGAUGCUGUAGAAGACCACAUGAUACUAAUAUUUUAGUUCGUUUUAUACUUGUACUAUAUAUAUACAUACAUGCACUUCAAAAUUCUUUCCCUCCUGUACCAUUGAGAAGAAUUAAUAUAUAUAAAUUUGAAGUUGGGUUACUGUUUCCUAAUUAUUUGUACUUUCAUACCCCAAAUUUAAUUAAAUCACAGCUUAGUC